AUGCGCACAGCCGGCAGCGCAGGCGCUGCCAAGGACGUGCUCGGUAAGAGCAAGGUGCCGUCUACCAGCGCAGCCGAGCCGGGCACCACCACCAGCACCUCGGGUGUGUAUAACCCCCGGAAGCGUGCCGCGCUAGGCGAUCUGACGAACGCGAGCCGUACGCGCACGGCCGGCGUCCUAGGAAAGCACGGCGAGAAAGGCGCCGAGGAGAAGGAUGCCAAGCUCGCGUCGCGCACCCGUGCCGGCACCAGCGGCCUGCCGACGCGCCCCGCCGGCACGCAGCUCCCUGCGCGCCCCACAACGACGGCGACGCGCCGUGCGCUCCGCACAAAGAACGAUGCGCCGGAGGCGAUGGUGAUCGAUGACGCCCCGCGCGACUCGAGCGACAAAGAGAAUGUGAAUACCCAUGCGCCGGCAGAGCGUGCCGAGGUGCGCGAAACGAAGCGCGCCAAGGUCGUCGAGGCCCCGCCCCGUGCCAAGGACGAGGGCUGGGAGGACCUCGACAAGGAUGACAUUGACGACCCGCUGAUGGUCGCCGAGUACGUGGAAGAGAUUUUUGCGUACAUGCGCAAGAUCGAGAUGAAGUGUAUGCCGAACGGCGACUAUAUGAGCAUGCAGCGCGACCUGGACUGGGAGCGGCGCGGCCAGCUGGUUGACUGGCUCAUCGAGACGCACGCCAAGUUCCGCCUGCUCCCCGAGACGCUCUUCCUGGCGCUGAAUGUGGUCGACCGCUUCCUCAGCCUGCGCACCAUCUCCCUCGGAAAGCUCCAGCUGGUGGGCGUCACGGCGCUGUUUAUCGCGGCCAAGUACGAAGAAGUGCUCUGCCCCUCGAUCCAAAACUUUUUGUACCUGGCCGAUGGCGCGUACACCGACGAGGAGAUUCUGCGCGCGGAGCGCUACAUGCUCAAGGUGCUCAACUUUGACCUGAGCUACGCGUCGCCGAUGAACUUUUUGCGCCGCAUCUCCAAGGCGGACAACUAUGAUAUCCAGACCCGCACGGUGGCCAAGUACUUUAUGGAGGUCUCGCUCGUCGACCACCGCCUCCUCGACCAUCCCCCGUCGCUGGUGGCGGCCGCUUCCGUGUGGCUUGCGCGCGAGGUGCUGGAGCGCGGCGAAUGGACCCCGACGCUGGUCCACUACUCGACCUACGCCGAGAGCGAGCUGCUGGGCACGGCCGAGAUCAUGCUCGACUACUGCCUCCGCCCCCCUGCGCACCCCCACUUCCACAAGAAGUACAGCAGCAAGAAGUUUAUGCGCGCGAGUGCGUACGUGCUGGAGUGGGCGCGGAACACGUUCCCGAACGCGGUCAUCACCGAAGAGGACCUUGCCGUGGGCCAGUGGACCGACGACCGCGGCGAGUCGCACGCGCUCGAAAUGCUCCGCGUGGAUCUCUACGCGCGCCACGGCCACCCCCGCCCGGCGGUGCUGCCGCUGGGCUCGGCGCUAGACAGCUCGUCGCUCGACUCGGAGAGCGCGGUACUGGCGCCACUCUCGGUCUAUGCGUCAUGA